UUUAGAUUUACAGCAGAAGAAAAGGCAAAGCGCAACCCAUAUUACUACCAACCAUUUGGUCUUGGACCCAGGAACUGUGUUGCCAUGAGGUUUGCCCAAGUUGAGGUGAAACUAUGUAUUGCAAAGAUGGUUAAAAGUUUCAAGAUUCUCCCGUGUGAGAAAACUGAGGUAAAUAUUUACACAUGUUCAAGACAUAUAGAGCAAAGAGCAGGUGUUAUAUCGACAAAUACAGACCUUAGGGCUAGACACAAACGUUUUCUGUUCGAAGGUCUUUGUGCCCAGCCCCAGGGUCUGAAGUCAUCGAUAUAGCACCUGCUCUGAGGU